CUCCAUCUGGUCCUCCUGGGUUGUGACUGGCGGUGAGAACAAAUCCACCGAUCGCUUUGAAUUUCCUGAUGACACUCGACACAGCCGGUGUGGACAUGAUGCCAUUCUGACCGAUCACCAGGCGGCCUACCUGAGACAGUUACAGAUGCAGCUUCUGGACCGGUCGUAUCCCAGACUCUCACCCCUGGACUCACUGUAAGACAGUCUGUUCCCCGGUCACGCUGAAGCAGGACUGUUUAAUAAGGUGCAAGGAACUGUUCUUGUAAUGAAAUCGUUUAAAGCAUCUGCGGGAAAGCUAGCCGAGGUUUUUAUAUGCAGAGAAAUAUUCAGUGCGCUGUAGAGAUCCUACCACCGAAUGCCUUUUAGACCCAAAGUCAUAAGUAAACACUUGAGAAACCUCUUCACAGACUUUUCCAUGAUAUUUUUCCAUGAGAUGAUGCAACAUGUCAUUUGAUUUUCUUCCUGCCACGGUUUCAGUGGCAGCAUGCCGUCUGAAAAUUGAGGGUUAGCGUGUUCUCUAAUGUACUGUGGUCACUCCGGCAGCAUAAAGCUCUGUUAGCCCGCCACGAGCACUCUAACUUCUCAACAAAAAAAAACACGACCAGAACAUUUCUCCAUUUUGUGUAGAAAAAUGGCCGGACAUAUAAAUCUCUCACUGACCAAAUAAUCUCUGUUUUAUUUUAAUGAUAAAUCCAUUCUGUCAUGUGAUUAAACAUUCUUUAAACUGGAAAGUGACAAAAUAUAGAGGAGCAUUAGGCCUGGGAUUAAACCUGUUUUUUUUUUUUUUUUCAUGCAAACCUGUUCUUGCCAUUGUAUAGAAAGUUUAUUUUGGACAGUGAUGAGUUUCAGACUUCACAGAGGGUCAUAGCGAGUCGACGGUUAAAUGUUAACCUACAUCAGAGGGAAUCAGUGCAAACAUGACCUUACUCCUCCUGUGGUAAUCCAAGAGCAUGUGUCGUUAUUUACACUGGACCAUCAGUGGACUCUUUCUGUUCUCUGGAUGCACCAGAGGACUUUAUAAUAAAAGAUUAGAACGCUUUUGCUAUCUGCUGCAGAUUCUAUGUGUAGCAACACUUCUGAAAUAUUUACUGCUGAAUUCUGGAACACUUUUCUGCCAGUAAAACUAUCAACAAUAUUCAAAAUGGAAAUGAUUUAAUUUAGAUUCUUUCUGAUUUUUGCCUUAUUGUCUGCCUGUAACCUGUUUUAUAAGGAGUCUUUCAACAAAUGCACAACAAAAUAAUAUUAAUAAUAAUGAUAUCUAAAGGGGAUAUGCUAGCUGGAGGUAUCAGAGCUGAAGAUGUUGAGGUUCUCUUUGGGAGUGACACGGUUGGACAGGAUCAGGAACGAGUACAUCAGAGGGACAGCUCAUGUUGGACGUUUGGGGGUCAAAGUUAGGGAGGACAGAUUAAGAGAGUGAGUAUAUUGGUAGGAGAGUGUUGGACAUGGAGCUGACAGGCAGGAGGCAAAGAGGAAGGCCAAAGAGGAGGUAUAUUGAUUUGCUGUGGCCACCACUGAAGGGAAAAGAAGAAGAAAGGGGAUGUGGUAGCUUAGUGGUUAAGGCUUUGGUCUAGCGAUCAGAAGGUUGUGAGGACGAGUCCCAGAUCCACCAAGCUGCCAUUGCUGGGUCCCUGAGGAAGGCCCUUAACCCACAGUUGUAUUAAAUGAGAUUUUUUUAUAUAAACAGCAAAAAUAAACAUUGCCUGAACUCGAGCUUUGGGUUUCUACUUUCAUUUGGUUUAAAUAUCAAUUAUAAAAGUUUCAUAUUUUAAAUGUUAAUAAUGACACCAUGGUCUUUACGUGUGAUUCAUUAAGAAAACAAAAUGAAACUCAUUAAAGGUACGAUAUUCAGGCAAGCAAUACGCUCUGAUUCGUUGUAUCCUUACACCCCUAGUGCUGUCACCAUAAUUUCGUGAAGAAAAUAAGAACUUGUACUUAACAACAUGUCAUGUGUCUAAUUUGUUUUGCCAGAUCUUUGUGAUGAUGUAAAAAGGUUCCUCUGCUGGAUUCCUGGGUUUUCUCUGGAGUUAAUGUUGUGACCAGGGGAAAAAGCACCAGCUAGUGAGGGGAUGUUGAUAGAAGAUAAGUUGAGUGAGUUUAAUGGGAAUGAUCUGAAAACCCCUGAGAGCAAUGGGAUGUGUCGGCAUCACUGCCAUGUCCUGAGAGGGUUUAACAGUCUGCUGUGAGCUCGUCUAAACCCUGUGGUAUUUUUUGAUUAAAGUGGAUGUUGAGGCCAUCUGUGGUGUAUUAAGUUACACUCUGGCUCUGUGAUUGUGUGUGUGUGUAUGUGUGUGUGUGUAACCCUAGGUUCUUAGCAUUAGUUGCAGUCCUUUUAAAAAUUUCUGACACAUGGCUCUUGUUUUUAUAAACGUCUCUUUAGCACCACAAUGCACAAAGCCAUGCCCACGCACUCCUAUUGGCCAAGCUGUUAUGUUUUCACCACUCCCACCUGCUAUGAUUGGACAGAGGGAGGCGUGAGCGCCCACAUCCAUCCUCCCUGUUCUCAGUUCCCAACACAAUAAUACUGCUUUAUGUUUUCAAAGAAUUUCACAUUGAGGAGGUUUUUACAUCCCACCGACUCGGACCACUCCGUGUGUGAGACGCCGCGGGGGGAAGAACAUGCUCCACUGGAGCUAGACUGGAACAUACCAUCAGGGGAGGAGGGGGAGCUGAUGCCAAACCUGUAACAAGACAGGUUAAACAAGGUAUGAAAAUUCCAUCAAGCUAAAAAAAUAAUAAUAAUUGAGUCCCACAAACAAUGGACACGCAGAAAGUAAAUGGCGUUGCUCCAAAAGAAAACGGAAGUCAUAGAAGACCCCCCUCCUAUUCUGUCGAAACCCCCUACGGAUUUCAUCUGGACCUGGAUUUCGUUAAAUAUGUGGAGGACAUUGAAAAGGGCAACACCAUCAAAAGGGUGCAGCUUCAGCGUAGACCACGUGGGCGGAGCAGCGGCAACCUGUCACGUAACCUCAGCUUACCUGGGUACGGUUGCAGACCCUCUCAGUGGAACUCAACAAGUAUUUUAUUUCCCAGAACUCGACUCGCAGACUCCCAGCAGCCGUGUCGUAUCCAGUGCAGUGACGGCGAGUCAGUUCGUUACAGCAGGCCAUCGGAGUCUCCCUACAAAACCUCACAGGCGUUUGAUGAGCAGCCGCUGGGACCACACGUGAGGCCAAAUCUACUGCGAGCCUCCAGUUUGCCCCUAACAGUGUUACUGAGAAAAUACUCCAGCGAGGACCCGACCAGCCCCAACGGUUCGAAGGAUUUCCUCUCGCAAAACGGUUCCACCGAAGACGUCUUCCACAGUCCUGGUGGAGUGAACGGGACGUUUCAGCAGCUGACCGCAGCUCUACAGAGAGUCGGUGAGCUGGAAGAGGAGAUCAGGAUCAUACCAGAACUGAAAGCACAGAUAUGUAUCUUGCAGGAAGAGCGAGAGAGACUCCUGCAUACCUUCCAAUCCGAAACGGACAACAUCCUGAUAACGGAUUUUCCUAGAAGCACGGUGAAGAUAGUGGAGAAGAAAAACAAAGCAAACGACGACUGGAUGGAUCGGGAGUAUGAUCAGUUGGAAGAGAACGUCAAGGCUUCCUCUGAGCAAGUCGACGCGAUCACGAUAGCCACAGAAAAAAAUUCACAAGCAACUAAGCCAGAUCCUGAAGCAGAGUCCCUCGUUGAGUCUUUGCAGAAGAAAGUCACAGUUCUAGAGCAGAAGCUUCAAGAACACGAGUCUGAUCUGGAAAGGACGACAAAUCUUCUAAAGGAACAAGAACGGGAGAGCCGUUUCAAGGAUGAGAGAAUCAAUGAGUUAACCAAACGGCAUGCAGAAGGCAUCUGGGUUAGACCAGACAGCCUGAGGAACACACCGGACCUGGUGUCAGAACCAUCUGUUCAGUUGUACUCACCUGAAUCUGAAUCGAGUAAAACUAACCAGUUGGGUUCAGAUGAAGAAUUUAAAACAUGUGCAACAAGCGGACCUGCAGGAUCACAAGCAGACAUGGAGCACCAUGUGAAUAAAGUCCGAGAGCUCCUUCAGGAGCAGUGGAAGUGUCUUUGCAGAGACAAAGGAUCAGGAAAAGAGUUGUCAUCUGAACACCUACCCCCACGGGUCUGCUCCAUCCAAACACAGCUGGUCUCUUUAGUCAACCUGCUUACACUCUAUAUAUCACCUGGAGGAGAUGCACCACCAUCAGCUCAGGAGUCCAUGAUGGAGGACCAAAUAUCUGUGCUGGAGACAUGGGAAUAUCCUAAACAAGACAAUGGAAGAGAUCGCUAUUCUGGUGAAGUAGAGGAAGGCUGCACAAGGCCAAAGGAUCCUGCUGAGGAGGGAGUUAACCAAAACAUUUUCCAAACUGAAGAGAUGCCAAGUUCUACACCGAGCACCAGAACACAAGAGCUUAUUGGAGAAACCUUUACAGAGACCACACACUUGAGAGUGGCUGAAGGACAUCACGAUGAGCAGGACAGUAUGUGUGAAGCACAAUGUCCUGAAGAUCAGGUGGUAGAAAAAGAGGACACGCAGAAUGGCAGAAGUUCAGGAGGUGAAUCAGAAGAGGCAUUACAUGGUGAAGGACGAAGGUGGGUAGACGCUGACUUCAUGAAGGCGUGUCACUUCUUAGAGAAGCACAUGGAUGAAGUUUCUGAACCAAAUGAUGAAAUGAGGCAGGCACUGACCGUGGUGUUCCAGCAGUGGUUCCAUGUGUGCGCUGAGGAGAACUCGAGCGCUGACACAGUCGCUCUGUACAUUAACGAAGUGGCCACAGAAACCCCUGCGGUGCUGCAGUUCCUGGUCAAUAUGGUGGACGAUAACGGAAACACUGCCCUGCAUUACAGCGUGUCCAACUCCAACUUCAGCAUCGUGAAGCUCCUCUUGGACACGGGUGUGUGUGACGUGGACCUGAAGAAUAAGACCGGCUACACAGCGGUCACCUUGGCAUCUCUCCAGCCGCUGGACACUGAUAUGGAUAUAAAGGUGGUCCAGCAGCUGAUGGAGUUAGGCGAUGUUAACACUCGUGCAGGUCAGGUGGGUCAGACGGCGCUCCACCUUGCGGUCAGACACGGCCGAGCGUCCACGGUGAGACUCCUCCUGGCUCACGGAGCAAACGUUAACGCUCAGGAUCAAGCAGGAACCACGGCUCUGAUCAGCGCCUGCGACCGCGGACACACCGACAUCGUCCGAAUUCUGCUGGAGGAUCCGGACUGCGAUGUCAACCUCACGGAUAAGCUUCAUUUGAGAUUCACAUUCUGAACAUAAAUCAGCUCAGGGAAGUCGCAGCGCUCUGUCUCUGGCCACACAGGCGUCACACACAGAGAUCGCUGACCUGCUGAAGGCUCGGAGCACCAGCGCUAAAACCCACGACAAAUGCAAGAUGGCUUAGAGGCGAGAACCCACCCUGUGGAGAACUUCACUUCAGGUUCCUACUGGAAUAUCUACAUUUUACUGGAAUAUCUACAUAUUUUCAAUAUUCUUCUGUCAUAAUUCAUUUUAUUUGACUAAUAAGGUGCUUUUAUUAUUAUUAUUAUUAUUAUUAUUAUUAUUAUUAUUAUUAUUAUUAUUAUUAGUCAUGCCUGAAAGGUGGAUUUGUCUAUGGUCUGUUGACUGAACUGUAAAUUGUUUGUGCUGGAGCGUUCCUACGGUACACUUUCUACAGUUUUGCCAUCUCAUCUAUAAUCCUCAGCUUCUGUCCUGUGGUCACAGACUCUUCUGUCUCACGAGUUACUUCCUGUUGUCACUUCUCUUAUAGCAGCUAUAAACAGUAGUUCCCUCACCAGCUUAAUAAGAGAAAACACACACACACAUCCUGUUCCGCAUGUUAAUAAGAAAGCAGUGUAAACUCCUCUUUCCUAAAGACGCGGGAAAGUUCCAGCUUUACCUCAGUGGAGACACUGGAGACUCCUACCACAUGUGAUAGAAAUUAAUCAACAGCUUUGAUCUGUUACUAUAUGUAACUGAGGCCAGCGGUAGGUGUUGUGCAGGUAAACCUCAAUCCCCUGACCUCAUGAGGAGAACUAGUGACUGGCGCCAGAGGCUGCAGUCUUUAGCCUCCCUGUUAGUGCAUCCGCCUCCGAUGCCAGAGACCCGGGUCCGAGAAGACAUAUAGAAACAACACUGAUCUGCAUUAGUGAUUGUAACUGACCCUGAGUGUCACUAACCUGCGUGUGGACAAAUGUGUGUCCUUUACAUCUCCUGGAUCUCCUGAACGUCUGAUCCCUCUGCUCUGAGAAUAAAUCAGACAGCAUGAGCUGUGUGUGUGAUUAGGAAGUAAGGAUUCCUGAUGAAGGAGCUGAAAGUAAAUGGAGGCACUACAUCAGUAACGUGUCCCUUCAGUGAACACGGUGCAGCAACAUUAAACCCAGAGCACAAUCACAUCUCAUUAACUUUACACUCUGUAGAGAGUUCGCCGAGACGCCCGAGCGAAAGAUGAGGAGACACAAAGCUUUGAAAUUGCUUUAUAACAAUCCAGAGAGAGAGAGAGACAGAGAGAAUGAGAUUGAAAUAAAAUAGAAAGCAGGAAUGCACUGAAAUAAGGCACUAAAACAAGAACGUUCAGUAAACAAAGAAGUGAAUCAAAGCAAAAGGAAAGAUAAAGAUAAAUACACAUGAAUAAGAAGAGAAAACUUUGGAACAUAAUUCAUAUUUAUAUCCAGGAAAAUCAUAGUUUCAUACAAAUAAAUGAACUGGCUGACAGCAUCAUCUAAAAUCUUAUGUACAUUUAUUUUUUUACAUAAUCGUAUCAAAAGUAUUUGUAUGAAAACAGUUCAGCUUUCACACAAACAAGGCUCUCUCACACACACACACACACACACACACCUUCCUCUUCCACUAUGGAGAUAUAUCUAACUCCAGCACAGAACAUCUCGGCACCAAGGUCACUCAAGGUCAGCGUCACCUUCUCAUAGUGUAACCGAUAACACAAGCCGUGAUGUCUUACGUAUUUAUGUGAUCCAUUUGAAAUGUUCUGUCUGUAUUUCUGUAAAGCUGCUUUGUGACCACUGUCCAGAUUCUACAGAAAUAAAAGUGAACUGAC